AUGAAUCAAAAUUGUGAUAAGAACGAAGGCAAGCAGUUUCAAUUACCGUCGUUGCCGCCCUGGAAAACACCAAGGUUUAACAAGGUGAACUUCAACAAUUUUACCACACCGUUACGAAAAAGAUCGACAAGAAUAAUAAAUGAUGAUUCGAUGCCCAUAACAGGCGAAGUACUAGAGGAGAGAACUGGGGACAAUAUCUACGGAAUAAGCAUGGACGUAGAUGAAGUCGACUAUCUCAAUACCUUGAGCCACAUCGAGGAAGAAGAGGUGUACGAUUAUUCACCGUAUUGUGAACGCAACACUUUAAGAGAAAGUAAAAUUGAUAAUUUUUUGAAAGCAGAAAGGGCAGCACAUUGUCUUGUAUUUCACAAGGUAGGCCACCUGGACGGCAUAGACAGUUAUCGACCCGAUAUUGACGUAAUGUGUGGCGAAGAGGCCGAUGCAUAUGACAGUAACAACACAGAAAGCAAUGGGUCAAUGUUAUUAGAAAGUGUUCCUGGAUGCAGCAAAGAAGAUUUGGGGAGGUUAUCAAGGCGAGAAUUUGUAACAAGUUCGAAGCCUAGCAUGAGACGGUUGGAUGACAUAAUAAACCAUGAAACGAAUGCCUUGAAAAGUUUCUGGAACGACUCAGGAUUGGUCAAUUCACUCCAAAGUCAUCAUUUGCAUGAAGAGUACCUUCUUUUGCAAGAAGAAUUGAAGAAUGUGUACAAGAUUCAAUGCCAUGACAGAGUGCCAAUAGAAAGCCUGCGGGAUAAGUGCAGAAGACAUUAUAGCAACGAAGAUAGUUCGAUCCUCUGA